AUGGUUGAUUCGAACGAUUCAUUUAUUGGUGUAUAUCAAAAGAAAAUGUUUUCAAAGGUAAAACAAUAUGCGAUAAAGAAUUACCAAGUUUGGAAGUAUUGUUUGUUGUACGAAUUUUAUUGGGAUUUGGCAUAUUCAGCAGAUGCCAAUGUUUAUUUACAACCGAUUCUAGAAGGAUUACGUAAUAACAGAACACCAAGUGAAAUAACAACAAAAGUGUCAUCGGAUAAUAAGUGUGAACAAGGAUUAGAAAAAAGAAGUGCCGAUAACAUUGAAAGAAUUGCAUUUGCUAUACAAACAACAUUGGAUAUAUUUAACGUAAUUGAUGAUAUUGAACCUGAUAUCGAGAAUGAUAUUAAAAUCGAAUUUGGUCAAAUAACAAAAGCAACAAGAUUAAAAAUCAUGGAAACUAUCAGAAAACAGUUUUAUAUCAAUGAUAACCCUGGUUCACUUAACGAUUCAAUAAUUAAUCAUCCACCUAAUGUUGAUUUGUUGGAUUUAGUCCGCAAAUUUCUGAUUAAAAUAAGAUCUAUCCCAACUCUUCGCCACCUAACUUUACAAAGUUAUAGAAUUUGCACGAAAAGCCCUAAAUGUCGUUGUCAGCCCAAAACUACAGAAAUAAGAAGAAAGGCUUUUCGUGUAAAUUCUAUAACUUUGUAAAGAAAGGUCGCGAAGAGCUGGGAGAUAUUUCAUUUUAAUCAGAAAUUUGCGGGCCACAAUCAUGCCUCAUUAAGAAAGGCUUUGGUUAUUUUUCAGAGUUUCUGUUUUCCAGAAAACCGCACCUUAAAGAGCUAUGGACCCAAACUCUUUCAGGCUUUCUCUUAUCUCAGUAUACUCUAUCGAACGGCAUUUGAACGAAAAAAUCGGAGUGCGGCACUUCGAACGGUUCCCUUGUUAGUCAUGAUUUCUCGGAAACAUUUUUAGCAUGUAAAACAACAGAUCUUAUAAUUUUGAACACUCUUUUUUUGUCAUAUUUUUUCAUCGGUAUUAUAUCGAAAAUCAAGGUUUAAAAAACAAUAACGAUCUUUUCGAUCGCCACGAAAAGAUGUCUGCUAAUACCAGAUAGUAUCAAAUUAUAUACAACCAUCGCCAAUUAAUAUUUAAUUCGGUACGCUUACAUAGUUUGAAAGUUUGUUAGCAUAGUUCAUCGUAUUUUUUUCAAUAGAAGCACGGGAAAUAUUUUGAAAAAUUUAGAGAAGAAUGACUUUUUUGAGUAAGAAGGAUCUCAACAGUUAUCCAACUCUAAUUAUACCGAGUAUCUUUAGAAGCAUUUAGUAGGCACAUACAUAUUAUGCAGUCAUGCACCAGCUAUAUAACUGGUAUUAGGGCAUCUAGAAAAAUUAUUAUAAUGCGGUUAUUAAGAAUCGUGUGGACUUGCAGAACAUUUCAUUUUGUAGACAAAUGUUUGUUGUGUCUAUUUAUUGAAGCGAAAAUAACUGAAAGUUAAUCGUAACAAAAAAUAUAAGCAUUUUGAAUGUCAUAACUGUAUGUGAUAACUGGUCAUCAGUUUUCGUGCCCCUCCAGUGAUUUAUUAAAAACAUUUCUGUUUUUCAAUCUUUAAUUUUAUCUUCCGCACAAAUACAUAGAAUAAACAUUUCUCUUCAAAAUGAGAUGUUCUGCAAAAGUCCAAGGGAUUUUUAAUGACCACGUCAUAACGAUUUUCCUGGAUGCCCCAAAAAAUAAAUGGUCUAUAACUGGUGCAUACCUAAUAAUAUGAUAGAUUAUACUUAUCGUUACCAGAACUCAAAGAAACUAUAUUUUACUUAAAUAUCUAAGAACUUUUAUGAAUUGCUGAACAGUGUUGUCUUAAUCCUUUUUUUUAUUUCUGUCAUCGAAAACUUUUCAACAUAAUUGUUGAGAAAAAGUAGAGAGUUUGACUAAAGCAGAAAUUUCUUCAGUGAGAUUAAGGCAAAUCAGAUUUUCGGAAUGCUAAUAACAACAUUGUAUAAAACAUCCGGUUAAACAAACUUUGCUUUCUACUUAAGAUUAAGAAAGCAACAACUUAUCCCUCUUCCAUUUUAACAAGUCAUCACUAACGUUUCAGAAAGGAUCGAUUGGAUAUCAACUUUAUUCUUAUUAUGUUUAAGUGAUUGCAUCGAAUUAUACAACAAAAACAAAAAGCAGCGAUUGGCAUGAUAAACAAUGUCCUCUAAAACGAAUUAUAAUCUUCUCAUGCGUCAAAAAAAUCUAGUAUCGCUUAUUUCAUCUACAUGACUAGAUUUUUAUUCGAUUGCAACUAUUGGAUAAUGACAGUGGAAAUUUAGUAAUUGGACGAUUGCUAGGUUUCUUCUAGUUUAUUUAUCGUCCGAUAAUCAUUCGAUUUAACUGUUGCUACUGUCUGUUUCAGAAUAAAGUGGACUCGGGUGUUAUUUGAAUUGCGUUGGAUCGGAAUGAGCCGGAGAAAUUUGGUUUUUACCAUUUUGAAGUAAAUUCAUGGGGUUAUCGAAUGACUUAAAAAUGAUCUGAAAAUCCACAGUUUCAGAAGGUCUGCCUUCUCGAACAGAAUAUCCACCAGUACCGUGGACCAAAUAAAAAUGUAUUCAAAUAAAAAAUUCUAAAAAAAGCCUUGGGAUCGAUCGUUUUUAGAAUUUGGGACCUCAGUAAUAAAUGCAAACAUAUGUUUUCAACUAUGUCGAUUCUCUUAGCGAUGUUUGCUUUUCGAAAAAAGUUCGAGAACCUAACAAAACCUUAUACUAGGUGAAAUAACACAUUUCUGCCUAUUUUCAUGUGUUAGAAAAUUCAUAACUCAGUCAGCAUUGAUCCAGACUUUGUCAGUAGGUGAUGUUUACUUGGGUUGAAAUCUAAGUAAGCUUGUUAUAAUACCAAAAACUACACAUGAAAGACAUCUAGAUUUUAUCAAGCUUUAUAAUUAAGUUCUACUUCUUCUUUUGAUCUUCUUUUCGUUCUUGUUCGUGUAAAAAGAUUUUUUCGAACAUCUUCCUUCGAAGAGAAAUUAAGUUUACAAUAUAUUUCAGUGUCCAAAAAACUAAGCCAACAUGAUAUUCUACUUCCAUUAUAGUUUUUGUUCUAUGCUUCGAUAUACCUGUCAUUUUAUUUCUCUUUUGUUUUAUAUAUUACCACAAGCUCAAAUCCUCAACAAUGUAUUAUCAGUCACGCCAUUUAACAUUUUCCUCCAGUUUUCACUUUUUAUAUUUCCAUUCUCUUCAUUUUUUCGUGUACACAUUUUAUUCAUUCUUCUUAAUCUUCGACCUGAUGCGCAUGUGCUUUUAUCAGACAGUACAAAAAAGAAAACAAACUGUAUCCUGAAUAAAAAAAAAUAUUUCUCUUUUCUUUAUUUCAUUGUUUCGUGUCUACUAUCCGUAUCAAAAUAUAAUGGACUCCGAUAUUUCGCUUAUAACUUUUUAACGGUGAAUGCUACAGACUUGCGGUUUUCAGUUUCUGAAACUAGACACUGGGGCACGUAGAUCUGUAAAAAAAUCAUGGCGUG